AGAGCUAGUACGUUCUCUAAUGACAAUUCAGUACUUUGAUAUCUCGUUCUUCUCGUUUUUUACGAAUGGCGAUGAAAUUUAUUAAAAUUUGUUGAACAACGCAUUUUGAGUCGUUCUGUGUGUUAUUAUUGCCGAAAUAACGAAAAUUUACCACAAAAAUUGCACACAUUGCAUAUUUCUCAUACCAGUUUGUGUUAUCCGCCACCAAAAAUGCCUUCCAGUGACCCAUUGCCACCGAAAGAAAGUGCUAUAUUCAGAAAGAUUCUGAAAUGCUACGAAAUGAAGCAAUACAAAAAUGGUCUGAAACUAGCCAAGCAAAUUUUAACCAAUCCGAAAUACACUGAACAUGGAGAGACUUUGGCAAUGAAAGGUUUGACAUUAAAUUGCUUGGGUCGGAAGGAUGAGGCUUAUGAUCAUGUGCGUCGCGGUUUACGAAAUGACCUGAAAUCGCACGUGUGCUGGCAUGUGUAUGGGUUAUUGCAACGAUCAGACAAGAAGUACGAUGAAGCUAUCAAGUGCUAUCGGAAUGCAUUGAAGUGUGAAAAGGACAACAUUCAAAUAUUGCGCGAUUUGUCAUUACUGCAAAUUCAAAUGAGAGAUUUGGAAGGGUACAGAGAAACGCGACAUCAAUUGUUCAAGCUUCGUCCAUCACAGCAUGCUUCCUGGAUUGGAUUUGCGAUGAGCUAUCAUUUACUGGGAGAUUUUGAGACUGCAAAUAGUAUUUUAGAAACCUUUAGACAAUCUCAAUCGUUGAACGAAACGUACGAUUACAAGCACAGUGAAUUAUUGCUAUAUCAAAAUCAAAUCCUUCAGGAGUCCGGUAACAUCGACAAGGCAUUAAAGCAUUUGGAUGAUUUCUCCGCUCAGAUUGUCGACAAAUUAGCGGUCAAGGAAACAAUGGGCGAAUUGUGCCUUAAAUUAGGAAAAUUUAGCACAGCUGUACCGAUUUGGGAAGGAUUGAUUAAACGCAAUCCGGAGAAUACACUCUACUACCAAAAGUAUAUUGAAGCAAGGCAAACUAAGGAUUCCGAUGAGAUUGUGAACAUUUAUAAAACGUUUCAGUCGGAAUACCCGCACUCAAUCUGUCCCAAACGUUUACCAUUAAAUGUAGCACAUGGAGAUCGAUUCCGCGAAAUUGUCGACGACUAUCUGCGUCGCGGCUUGAGAAAAGGCGUUCCCCCACUGUUCGUAAACGUUCGUUCGUUGUACCAGCACGCUGACAAAGUCAAAGUGAUCACGGAAUUGAUUCAUGGCUAUCACGAUUCGCUAAAACAAACCGGUCAUUUUUCCACGGCUGACAACGCGGCUGACCUGGCACAGGAACCGGCAUCGGCGCUACUGUGGACAUUGUACUUCAUGGCCCAGCAUUAUGAUCACUUGCGUGAUACAACCAAAGCUCUAGAAUAUAUAAAUGCGGCCAUCGAACACACACCGACGCUGAUUGAAUUGUUUGUGACGAAGGGUCGAAUUUACAAGCAUGCCGGCGAUUUGGUGGAAGCAUUCAAAUGGCUGGACGAAGCACAAAGUCUGGACACGGCCGACCGUUAUAUCAAUUCGAAAUGUGCCAAGUACAUGCUGAGAGCGAAUAUGGUAAAAGAGGCGGAAGAAAUUUGUGCAAAAUUCACGCGUGAAGACGUUUCGGCGAUGGAAAAUUUGAAUGAGAUGCAGUGCAUGUGGUUCCAAACCGAAUGUGCUUUAGCGUAUCAGAGGCUGGAAAAAUGGGGCGAUGCAUUGAAAAAAUGCCAUGAAGUUGAUCGGCAUUUCUCUGAAAUAAUUGAAGAUCAAUUCGACUUUCACACGUACUGUAUGCGGAAAAUGACAUUGAGAGCUUAUGUUGGAUUGUUGCGACUGGAAGAUGUUUUACGACAACAUCCGUUCUACUUCAAAGCAGCUAGAUGUGCAAUCGAGGUGUAUGUCAGACUGUACGAUAAGCCACUGAAAACAGAGCAGCAAGUUGAAGAAUUUGAUACGGAAAAUCUGCCACCAUCUGAACUAAAAAAGCUGCGCAACAAACAACGCAAGGCCAAAAAGAAGGCAGAACUGGAAUCGGCCCAAGCGGUCCAGGCCCAAGUGAAGAAAGAGCAACAUAACAAAUCCCGCCAGUUACAAAAUCAGGAUGGAGAUCCUGAAGCGCCCCAGCUGGAUGAAUUGGUACCAGAAAAAUUAGCUAGACCCGACGAUCCACUCGAAAAAGCAAUUGACUUUUUGCGACCGCUACAAAUUUUAGCCAAAGAAUGCAUCAAAACUCAUUUGCUGGCAUUUGAGAUCUAUUAUCGAAAGAACAAAUUGUUGCUGAUGUUGCAAUCGAUCAAACGAGCAAAGAGUUUAGAUCCGACCGAUCCGAAUUUACACACGUGCAUCGUUAAAUUCUACAAAGCGCUUACGGUCAAUGGUGAGAUCAAUGAACACGUCCGAACGGUUAUCGAUAAGGAAACGAAAGUGUUGUUCGACGGCCGAGAUGCUGAUGCUAUGAAUCAGGAUGUUUUGCAGAAAUUUUCCAACUCAUUUCAUCACGUUCUCCAAGUCGCCCGAUGUAUGUACGAAUUAGAUGCAACGAAACGGAACGCUGCCGUUCAACUAGUCAUGUCAUUCGAUUUCGAGCGCUUGACGCUUGAGGACGCCACCCUAGCGUACAAUUACUUCACGGAUGGCGUAUUCGGUGUGUGCGAAUCAUCCGCAACUGAGUACAAGGUCAAGUGUCAGCAACGUUUUCCACACGCUCUACUGUUCAAAGAUCAAAUACCUGGUGAAAAUUUUAAGGAGAACCUGAAGCUGGAAUGGGAUAAUGAUGAACAACAAUAAGGCAAUUUUUGUCAACAGAACAUCUUCGGCUGAUGUAAUAAAAUUGUUUAAAUUAACAAAUAUUUUCAAAACUGACAUAAAUAGAAAGAGACAAUUAAAAAAUGUUGCAGUGAAAAUACACUCGAUCCAGUGGAAAGAUGGUUCUAAAUCUAAGGAUAAAAAAAAUAAAGAAGAAACAAGAAACACAACACACUCGUAUUACAUAAAUUUUUGUGUAGACACUAAAAAAGCGAUUAUUUCGAUCGCAAAGAUUUUUUUUAAAUGAAGUUGCUAUUUAGGUAUAAUAAAUUAAGUCUUGGAUGAUUACAAUGAGUGAAUGUUAGGGACGGAAAAAAUUGUCCCGUAAUGGGAGGUAAUAUUUAUACAGCCACACUCACACCAGUUUUUAUUCAAAUUGAAAACUAAAAUAAACGAAUAUCACAA